UAUCUAUCGUUGAAGCAAACGACGACGUUGCACGUCACUCACUGCUUCCUUCUACUCCUUGUUGCCUCAGAUCUCCGAUUCCACAUAUCUUCUGCUCUUUUCCCCUCUUCUCUCUAUUGAUUGUAUUUGUUCACACAGUGCUGCUGCCUCACCUGCGUGUCUAUCGAUUGAUGGAAAUUGUGUAGAUUUGAUCGAUUGAUUUCGCGAAUAGGUUUAAUUCACGUCGGGCAAAGCGAAUGGCAGUGGAUUCUGGACCUCUCACGCCUGGACAGGUGUCAUUUUUGCUUGGAGUUAUUCCAGUCAUUGCAGCAUGGAUGUAUUCAGAAUGGUUGGAAUAUAAGAAGUCAUUUCCCUUUCCCAAAGUCAGGCAUUCGGAUUAUAAUUUGGCCACGUUAGAAAGUCAAAUAGUCAAGGAAGAUGAUCGAGCUGUUUUGAUAGAAGGUGGUAUAACAAAAUCAUCAUCCGCAAAGUUGUCCACUCCAUCUAUUAAGACAAACCUCAUUCGGUUUCUGUUGAUGGAUGAUUUAUUCUUGCUGGAAAAUCGACAAGUUUUGAGGGCAAUGGCUGAAUUUGGGGGCAUUUUGUUCUAUUUCUACUUGUGUGACCGCACAAACUUCUUCGCAGAUUCAACCAAGAGUUACAACCGCGACCUGUUUGUUUUCCUGUAUUUGCUUCUUGUCAUAGCUUCAGCAAUGACUACAUUGAAGAAACAUAAUGACAAGUCUCCAAUAUCUGGGAAAUCCAUCCUUUAUCUUAACCGCCAUCAAACAGAAGAGUGGAAAGGAUAUAUGCAGGUCCUCUUUCUGAUGUACCAUUACUUUGCUGCAUCAGAGAUCUACAACGCAAUUCGUGUUUUUAUUGCUGCAUAUGUUUGGAUGACUGGUUUUGGAAACUUCUCUUACUAUUACAUCAGAAAAGAUUUUAGCGUUGCUCGAUUCGCUCAGAUGAUGUGGAGACUGAACUUUUUCGUGGUCUUUUGUUGUAUUGUUCUCAACAAUGACUACAUGCUAUAUUAUAUCUGCCCUAUGCAUACCCUGUUUACUCUUAUGGUAUAUGGAGCCCUUGGUAUCGGCUACAAAUAUAACGAGAUAAGAUCAGUGAUGGCUCUGAAGUUUUUUAUGUGCUUUGUUGUGGUUAUCUUGGUGUGGGAGAUCCCAGGAGUUUUUGACAUUUUGUGGAGCCCUCUUACUUUUCUAUUAGGAUAUAGUGAUCCAGCGAAACCAGAUCUCCCACGACUACAUGAGUGGCAUUUUAGAUCUGGGCUUGAUCGAUAUAUAUGGAUCAUUGGAAUGAUAUAUGCCUGUUUUCACCCAAAUGUCGAGAAGUGGAUGGAAAAACUAGAGGAGUCUGAGACCAAGCGGAGACGCUUAAUAAAAACAUCUAUUGUUACUGUUUCUUUAAUUGUUGGCUACUCGUGGUAUGAAUACAUAUACAAGCUGGAUAGGAUUUCGUACAACAAGCUCCAUCCUUACACGUCGUGGAUUCCUAUAACUGUCUAUAUUUGCUUAAGAAAUUUCAGUCAGCAUCUUCGGAAUUUUUCUUUGACCCUUUUUGCGUGGCUUGGGAAAAUUACAUUGGAAACUUACAUCUCCCAGUUUCAUAUAUGGCUGAGGUCCAAUAUGCCCAAUGGACAGCCUAAAUGGCUACUCUCUUUCAUUCCGGAUUAUCCUUUGCUGAAUUUCUUGCUGACAACUUCUAUUUAUAUUUUGAUAUCAUAUCGACUUUUUGAGUUGACAAAUACACUCAAGAUUGCUUUCAUUCCAACAAAAGACAGCCAGAAGCUAUUUCAAAAUUGUAUUGCUGGGGCUGCCAUUGCUGCGUGUUUAUAUAGCAUUUCCUUUAUUCUUCUUCAGAUCCCUCAAUACACGGGCUUGUAAAAGAUUGCAGCAGCGAGAUAUACAUUCUGUUGUGUUGUAUCCCAUUAGGCGGGACAGAGAUGGUGCAAGGGGCUAAGUAAACCCAAGAAUUUUAGGCAUAUAUUGAUCAAUCAUCUUCCCAGUUUUGAUAAGGAAGUUUAAUCAUAAAAAGAAGAGAAAGUGGAACACAUUUUGUAAGAAUGUUUAUAUCUCUGUUUCUGCAGUUUCUCAUAUCUAUAUUCUCAUAUCUCACCACAUUA